AUGCCUUUUGGGCUGAAGAACGCCGGAGCAACCUAUCAAAGACUUGUAAAUAAAAUCUUCAAGGAGCAGAUUGGCAAAACUAUGGAGGUCUACGUGGAUGACAUGCUGGUCAAAGCCCCAAAACGUGCAGAUCACAUUGGAAAUCUUGCUGAGUCAUUCAGCUUGAUCUGCCAGUAUCGCAUGAAGUUGAAUCCAACUUUGAAGAAAGGACAAAGAGACAAAUGGGACGAGGAGUGCAAAGUAGCUUUCCAGAAUCUGAAGACUUACCUCACCUCACCUCCUCUGCUCUCAAAGACAGUCCCUGGUGAGGACUUGUUUGUAUUCCUGGCAGUAUCCAACUCAGCUAUCAGUUCAGCUCUCAUCCGAGAAGAGCUGGGGGCCCAACAUCCGGUAUUCUACACGUCAAAAGCUCUCAUCGAUGGAGAAACUCGCUACCCGAAGUUGGAGAAACUUAUCUUGGCUCUUCGACUCAUGAAGUGGGUUGUAGAGCUAAGCAAAUAUGACCUCCUCUACCGGCCAAAAACUGCAAUAAAAGCCCAGGCUUUAGCAGACUUCGUCGUAGAAUUCACCCCAUCAGUCGAAAAAGAGAAGUUGGUCAACCAAAAGAAGGAAAGUUCAAAAGCAGACGGGACCUCCGCAGAACCUAGCCAACCCAGAGACAUAUGGCAGUUGCGCGUAGACGGAGCAUCGAACCAAAAAGGAGCUGGAGCAGGGGUCGUCAUCACCACUCCGGAUGGAACCCUGUUGGAGCAAGCUAUUACGCUUGGCUUCCCGGCCUCGAACAACGAGGCAGAAUACGAGGCAUUGCUCGCCGGCCUACGCUUGGCAAAAGAGCUCACAAUCAAAAAGCUAGCCAUCUACUCAGACUCACAAUUAAUCACGAAUCAAGCCUCAGUGCCCCGGGCAGAGAACGCUCAUGCAGACGCACUGGCAAGCCUAGGAUCAGCGCUGGAUACCCAGUUCAGACGCUCCAUCCCGGUCGAACACCUUGACCGACCAAGCAUUGAAGAAAUAGAGCUAAUUGAUACCAUGCAGAUUGACGAGGACCCCAGUUGGCAAGACCCCGUCAUCGACUAUUUGACGAAUGAAAACCUGCCAACGGACAAGUCCGAAGCUACAAAGGUCCAGCAGAAGGCCGCGAGAUACUACAUGCACGGCAACAAGCUCAUCUGCAGAUCAUACUCCGGCCCUCAUCUCACCUGCAUAAGGUACCCUCAAACACUUGAGGUUCUUUGCAAAAUUCACGAUGGCGAGUGUGGCAACCACUCUGGGGGGCAGUCACUAGUUACCGACAAUGGCUCACAGUUCAUUGGCAAGCAGAUCACCGCCUUUUUUGCGAAAUACAAGAUCAAGCAACACUUGUCCACCCUGAGGUAUCCACAAGGAAAUGGACAAGCCGAGGCAUCCAACAAAGUCAUAUUGGACUGCUUGAAGAAAAGGCUGGAAGGCGCCGAAGGAAAAUGGGUGAAUGAACUCCCCGGAAUACUAUGGGCUUAUUGCACCACCAAACGAAGAUCGACUGGUGAAACCCCAUUCUCCCUCGCCUAUGAAACAGAAGCGAUCAUACCACCUCACAUCACUGUCCCCUCCAUAAGCUUGGAAGUGGGCAAUGUUGAUCAGAACUCCGAGCAGAUGAGGCUCAACCUCGACUUACUUGAAGGCGAACGUGAGAAGACCAUUAUCCGGGUCGCCUCCUAUCAGCAACAGUUGAAGUCUUACCACGACAAAAGAGCUAAGGUCAGACAGUUUCAACCAGGCGACCUCGUGCUAAGAAAGGCUUUCAUUACUGCACCGAGGCAAGGGUCAAAAAAGAUGAAUCCUAACUGGGAGGGUCCUUACAUGAUCAGCCGGUCUGGGGGCAGAAGAAGCUACACACUUGACACUAUGGAGGAGAAGGAAAUACCACGACAAUGGAAUGCUCACCAUCUUCGAAAGUAUUAUCCGUAG